UGGGCGCCUGUACGCACUCCAAGCAAGGGGGGAGGAAGUUGCACAAGCCGAGAGAAAGGAUGAAGGCAUGAGUCCUCGGCCGGAGUCUCUCCGAGAUUUACCGAGAAAGAACGUGUCUCGGGAAAGGUUCGCAGGCUUCUCCACACAUCUGCGAUCUCUCACCGUGGGUCCCUCCCUAGGGGCGGUGAGGUCCCCUACCUUCCCUGGGAGUGGUACGGUCCGAGAGUGCGCCAGGCAAAGCCUUCCGGCCGGGAGAGGCGGCGCUGUGCGUGCGGGCCGGCCCGGAGAGCGCGGCGGGAUGGCGCUGCCGGGUGGAAAUAAGGAUAAUAUCAGAGCUGGAUGCAAGAAGUGUGGCUACCCUGGUCACCUGACAUUUGAAUGUCGAAACUUCCUCCGAGUAGAUCCACAGAGAGAUAUUGUUUUAGAUGUCAGCAGCACUAGCAGUGAAGACAGCGAGGAAGAGGAGCUGCAGAGAUUACAAGCCAUGCGUGAAAAAAAGAAUUUAAAUGAAGAGGAAGAAAAAAAGAAACAAAAAAGAAAAAGCAAAGAGAAAACAAAAAGACAGAGGAAAAGAUCUUCAUCAAGUUCAGCAGAAGAGGAUGAGCCAAAGUCAAAAAAACAAAAAUCGCACAAAAAAGAAAAGGAAAAGGGGAAAAAGCAUACAUCUAAGAAAGGAAAGCAUCAUAAAAAGGAGAAAAAGAAGAGACGAAAGGAAAAAAGUUCAUCUUCUAACAGUUCGGACAGUUCAAGUAGUGACUGACAUGCGGGUCUAUUUUUGUAUUUGCUUCUGCAGAGAAGAUGAUUUUCCUUUCAUAGCAAGUUUAUUUAUGCUUUGCAAUGCUGUUUUAAAAUGGAAUUUUUUUUUUUUUUGAGAAAUCUAUUUGCAUACAUCAGUGCUUCAAAUUACUAGAUGGACCAUCUAUGAAAAAUAUCUUGCUUUUCCAUUUCAGGUUUAUUAGUACUAAACCAUGCAACUAGUUCUUCACUCUUAGUUUUGGUUCAGUCGUGAUUGUGUUUGUAAUUCUUUACAAUAGGAUGUGAUAUAUUUCAGUUUGCAAGCCUUUGUGUAGAAAGAUAUGGACUUAAUUAUGCUUAAUGUCAGAAUGGCUACAUCACAUUUGGAAAUUCAAGUGAGAUUUUCUAUUGCCCUUUAAAUAAAUGUAUGUUUUACACA